AUGCUGCAGCAGCAGCAGCAGCAGCAGCAGCAGCAGCAGCACACGCAGCAGCAGCAGCACAUGCAGCGUCAGGAGCAGCUGCAGCAGAGCGAAGGCGCGCUCAGCAGCAGCCGCAGACAGGUGGGCCAGAAGCACGGGAUAAGAGCGGCCAGCUCAAAACAAAGCAGCAGCAACAGCAGCAGCAACAGCAGCAGCAACAGCAGCAGCAGCAGCAGCAGCAACGCUUAUGGCAGCAGCAACAGCAUUAUUCAUAGUGGCAGCAGUCACAGCAGCAGCAGCCAUCGCAGCAGCAAUGGCUGCAGCAAGUAUAGCAGCAGCCGCAGUAGCAACAGCGGCCAAAGCAGCAGCAGUCACAGCACCAGCAAUCACAGCAGCAGCAAUUACACAGCAGCAGCAGCGACAGCAGCAGCAGCAGCAGCAGCAGCAACAGCAGCAGCAGACCCAUGGAGGUAA